AUGGAGAUUGAACAAUCUAUCCCUGAUGGUGGAGAUGGUGGAGUUCAGGAAAAACAUUAUGGAGGAAGCAGAAAUGAAGCAGGUGCAUCAAAAGGAGGAGAUGAAGCAGAGGCUACAUACCUUGUGUGGGAAGAUAUCACAGUUGCCCUUCCUCAUUUUGGCAAUGGAGCUACAAAGAGGCUGCUUAAUAGGAUUAGUGGGUACGCUGAGCCUGGUAAGAUCAAGGCUAUCAUUGGUCCCUCCGGGUCAGGAAAAUCAACUCUUCUAGAUGCAUUAGCAGGAAGACUAUCAAGCAAUGUUGUCAUGUAUGGGAAGAUCCUACUUAAUGGACGAAAGAAGAAACCCGACUGUACUACUAUUGGGUAUGUAACAUACGAAAAUACAUUGUUGGGAACUCUCACUGUGCGAGAGACGGUAACAUACUCAGCACAUUUGAGGCUUCCAAGCACCAUGACCAAGAAAGAAAUUAAUGAUAUUGCACAAGGAACUAUAUCAGGAAUGGGUCUUCAAGAUUGUGCAGAUCGUGUACUUGGGAAUUGGCAUUUAAGGGGCAUCAGUAGCGGGGAGAAGAAAAGACUAAGUAUUGCACUUGAAAUCCUAACUAAGCCUCAACUUUUGUUUCUAGAUGAACCCACCACUGGCCUGGACAGUGCAUCAGCUUUCUUUGUGGUUCAGACACUAAGAAACAUUGCUCAAGAUGGAAAAACUGUUAUAUGUUCUAUUCACCAGCCAAGCAGUGAAGUUUUUACACUUUUCGACGAGCUUUGCUUAUUGUCUGAUGGUGAGGUGAUCUACUCUGGAGAAGCAAAAAUGGCAGUAGAGUUUUUUGCUGAAGCUGGAUUCCCAUGUCCGAUUCGAGCAAAUCCAUCUGAUCAUUUCCUGCGUUGCAUUAAUUCAGACUUUGAUCAGAUGAUAACAACUUUGAUAGGACAGCAAAAGGUAUGGAAAACGAACAUUCAGAAUUCAACAGACAUGCCCACAGCAGAGAUCAAGUCAAAGCUACUCGAGAAAUACAGGCUAUCAGACUAUGCAGCCAAGGAGAGAGCAAGGGUUAAGCAAAUGUCAGCUACUAAAGGAAAUGUUAUAAAAAGCAAAUUUAAGAGACAAGCAAAUUGGUGGAAGCAACUUCUCACAUUGACAAAGAGAUCUUCAGUCAAUAUGUGGAGAGAUUGGGGAUACUAUAGGGUGAGAAUAGGAGUUUACAUCACCUUGUCUAUAGCUGUUGGUACCAUCUUCUUCGAUAUUGGAAGAAGUAGGGCAGCAGUCUUCGAAAGAGGAGCUUGUGGAGCAUUUGUUUCAGGAUUUAUGACAUUUAUGUCCAUUGGAGGUUUUCCUUCAUUCAUUGAAGAAUUGAAGGUUUUCUCUAAAGAAAGAUUGGAUGGGCAUUACGGGGUUGGGAUUUACAUCAUGUCAAACUUUAUCUCUUCCUUCCCAUACUUGGCUCUCAUGUCACUCUCUACAGCAAGUAUUACCUACUACAUGGUGAAAUUCCGAACGGAAUUUUCUCGGUUUGUUUACGUCUGCCUACUUCUGAUAAGUGGUAUAGCAGCUGUAGAGAGCUGCAUGAUGGCUAUAGCUUCACUAGUUCCCAACUUCUUGAUGGGAGUUAUCAUUGGAGCUGGAUAUAUUGGAAUACUAGCGAUGACUGCAGGUUACUUCCGUUUUUUUCCGGAUCUUCCUAAGGUUUUCUGGCAGUACCCAAUGUCGUACCUGAAUUAUGCUGCAUGGGCAUUACAGGGAGCAUAUAAAAAUGACAUGAGUGGACUGGAGAUAGAUCCCCUGGUACCUGGUGGUCCGAAGCUGAAAGGUGAAGCAUAUCUCACAAGAGUGCUUGGCAUUAACGUUGAGCAUUCGAAAUGGUGGGACUUAGCUGCUGUCGUAGCCACCAUCAUAGCUUAUAGGCUCAUCUUCUAUGCCGUUCUCAAGUUGAAGGAAAGAACUUUACAUAUGAUAAGGAAGCUUUAUGCCAAAAGAAUGCUACAUCAGCUCAAGAAGAGGCCAUCUUUUAGGAAGAAUUCACGGUUCCCUUCAAAGAGACAUCAGGCACUCCAUUCUUUGAUUUCUCAGGAGGGUUUAGACUCUCCCAUUUGAUAGCACCAGGGUCAAGAAACAAAUAGCAAUGGGGGAACUGGCCUACCAAAUGAACCACUAGCAUAGUUCCGGUUAGGUGGACAAAGAUGUUGAACAAAUGUAUCAGGAAAUAAGGAAACACAGUCAGUCAAAAUUUCUUUUUUCAUGAACAAUAGGUUUACAAAGGUCUUUGCAUAAGAUCAGUCCCAUUACUUAAAUGAAAUCCAC